AUGCCUGAGGAAGCUGGAGAAGCCCUGAGGGUAAACAAACUCUCCCUUGCUGCUCUAGCUGCUGCACUGCAACUCAACUCGCUGGAGGCUACAAACUACAAGGGCCACGUGCCCCCAGCUUCUGGGCAGUGCCCUUACUGGAGGGUAGCCCUGAGCCCAGGGUUUAUUGCCACCUGGGACAGGAAGGUCCCAGGGAGAAGAGAUGCCAUGCAGCCUAUUACGGUGAGUCCAGGGAGCAGGGUCCCCCUGCCCCAAAGCCAUUUGGCAGAGGUCAGCCUGCACCCCGUGGAGUCCAUCAGCGAUCUGCACAGCGGAGGCCCCCUGCAUUCCUACCUGGGUGAGGAGGACCCAGCCACCCAGCAGUGGGAGGAACUGAUGGGCGUUCUACCGCCAUCACUCUGUACCCAGGCCGGCUGCAGCCCUGCCCAAGGGCGUGGGGCCUUCCUGCUGCUCCUGGCUCUGUUGGUGUUCACUUGCCUGGCCCUUGCCAUCCUGGCUGUCUACCUGAGUGUGCUGCAGAGCGAGUCCCUGCGGGUCGUGGCCCACGCGCUGCAGGCCCAGGAGGAGAUGGUGCUGAAGUUGCGGCUGGCUAGUCUCAGCCAGUGGAGACGGCUCAAUGCCAGCGAAGCCCGAGGUCUCAGCUAAGACACCCUUCCCCCACCGGUUCCCCCACCUCCACCCAGCACAGACCGGCCGGGGCCGAGGACCUCUCCCACUUGCCUCUGCUGGGGGUGGUGGCCGCCCCACAUAUACCCUGGGUAGAGGUGGGAUUCGUGGGAGCAGAUUAGAGCCUGCUUUCGGGUUCCGGUCCUGCAAUCUAUCCCCCUCCUCCAUGCGGAGGGUGCAGAUGCCUGCCCCUCUUGCCCAUCAUCCCCCUCCCCCACCACCAUCCCUAUGCCUCUAUCCGCUUCUUGCCAUGGGUGAUUUUUGUAUAAAUAAACUGCAGACGGCCUCUG